ACGUACCUGUUCAAAGUUCCCAUCCAAGAAGUCAUCCACCUUUUUUGUCUCUCUCAAGGAAAAGUCUCCUCCCAAGUCUUCAUCAAUGGCGGCCUCCACGUUCCUCUACAUUCUUCUCCUUGUCCUCGUCCUCCAAACCCGUCUCUCUCUUUCCGCUGCCGACCCAGAACUCAAUCCCAUCCGUCCAAUCACCUCCAUCAAAGACGUGCACGAUCUCCUCCCCACCUACGGCUUGCCAAAGGGUCUCCUUCCCAACAAUGUCAAGUCCUAUACUCUAUCAGACGACGGGGACUUCUCGGUGGAGCUCUACACUCCAUGUUACGUCCAAUUUGACCAGCUGGUUUACUACGAUAAGCACAUCAAAGGGAAGCUGAGUUAUGGUUCCGUACACGGCGUGUCAGGGAUUCAGGCGAAGAAAUUGUUCUUAUGGGUGUCUGUUACUGGGAUCGAGGUAGACAAGACUUCUGACAUGAUUGAGUUCUAUGUCGGAGCCUUGUCUGAGAAAUUACCUGCCAAGCAGUUCCAAGAUAUUCCUGCUUGUAAGAGCAAGGGUUGCCAAUUGACAUUGACUCGCCUGGAUUCUGUUUGAUGUGAUCAACAGUAUGGGAUGGUGUGUUUGCUAUUAUGUUAAACUGUACAAUAAAAAGUUUCCAUGGCACAGAUGUUCUAGAAAUAGAUCAUCUGAAAAAAUCUAUCUUGUAAAGUCCAUAUCAUCCCUAUGCAAUACAUUUCUGCUUUCUGC